UUUAAAGAGACGGAAUAUUAUUGUUACUUUGUCCAGAACAAUUUCCCUGCCCUGGUCCCUGAGAAUUAUCUGUACGUGUAGCAGGGAGUCCUUGACGAGGUAUCCUAUAACAUCAAGAGAUCUCUAUCCUCCCCACACGCUCGCCUAGGACUGCCUCCUUCCGUCUAUCUCGUGUCAGAAUAGAAGUUAGCUCGGAAGAGGAGCCAGCGGACAGGACGCCAGAACCCAAACCUGAACGUUUAAACGUCUCAACCUCCCGACUUCCGCUUCCGGUUUCUGAGCUCUGCUGCCUGCCUUCGCUAUGGAAGAACCUGAGAUGCAGCUGAAGGGAAAGAAAGUCACAGACAAGUUCACCGAGAGUGUCUAUGUCCUUGCCAACGAGCCAUCAGUGGCCCUGUACCGGCUACAGGAACAUGUGCGCCGUUCACUGCCAGAGCUGGCCCAGCACAAGGCUGACAUGCAGAGAUGGGAAGAGCAGAGCCAGGGCGCCAUAUACACCGUGGAGUACGCCUGCAGUGCUGUGAAGAGCUUGGUGGACAGCAGCGUGUACUUCCGUAGUGUGGAAGGCCUGCUCAAACAGGCCAUCAGUAUCCGGGACCACAUGAACACCAGUGCCCAAGGCCACAGCCAGGAGGAACUGUCCCCUCCUCCUUCCCUGGCCUGACCCUGACCCUGGAAGACUCAGGGCUACCUGCUUCCCCACCCAGGUUCUGUCAUGAAUUAUCCUGGGCCUCAACUGCCUUACUUUUGGGGGUCACAGCACCACCAGGCCCAGUGUUGCCAGCUUUUGAAAAAUAUGUCAGCUCUAAAGUACAAAUAAGGCUUUUUACAUUAAAAAAAAAAAAAAAGACUUUAUUUUUAGUUGUGCGUGGGCGUGCAGGUGUCCACAGAGGCCAGAAGAGGGUGCUGGAUCCCCUGGAGCUGGAGUUGUGAACUGCUGAUGAUGGGUGCUGAGAAUGGAACUCUCUGCAAACAGGAUGUGCUACGCUUCACCUCUGAGCCACUUUUCCAGCCCCUCUGGUGUUCCAUCUGCUCCCCUCCCUAGCCUAAGCCCAUCUUUGAUUUCCUGCUUUCUUUAACCCUAACCUGGAAACCCUCCCAAACUAGGAACAGACCUGUGUGUGCCCCAGACAUAGGUCUGCCAGCUUCUCUUCACAGGCUGUCUGUGGGGGCUGUGGGUCUUGAAGAGAUCCAAGGCACAUUGGGCCUGGCCCCAUGGCACAGCGGAGGACAUAGAGUCUGAUGUACACACCCCAGCACUGGGGUGGGUGAAGUAUGGGAUGGAGAUUCGCAGAAUGUGAAAGACACCAGAAGUGGUCCCCACAGAACCUGUGGCUUUUGUCCCUACCUUUUCCACUUGCAAAGGCUCAGAGAGGUGAAAUGCCAGCCAGAGAUCACACAGCAAGCCCUGCAAAGGGACAGGGGUUUCUAACCCUAGGAGAGGUGGCCCUUGGAAAGUCUUCAGCUCUUCCCUGCUGGGUGUAGUGGUUCAUGCCUGUCAUCACAGCAUGGCUGCUAGGUUGAAGUCAACAAGACAAGCAGAGUGAGACCAGUCUCAAACAGCUAGGCAAGCUGGAACACACCUGUUAUCCCAGCGAGUGGCAGGUGGAGGCAGGAGGAUCAGAAGUUCGGGGUCAUCCCUAUUCUGUUUGGCUGGCGUUUAUUGUUUGAAAAGGUUUCUCUGUGUAGCCCUGGCUGUCCUGGAACUCACUCUGUAGACCAGGCUGGCCUGAAAUUCAGAGACCCACCUGCCUCUGCCUUCCUCCUACUGGGAUUCAAGGCUUUGGUCAUCACACCAGGCUCAGGAUUGUUAUUAUUGCAUAACUAGUCUGAGGUCUUAUAGGAGGCUCUGACAAUAAAUAAAUAAAUAAAUAAAUAGAUUCAGAACAAAAGCCCAAUAAACAAAGAGCCCUUGAUUUCAGACUUCCUCAUUCCUUGCUCUAGUGAGUGCUGGAUACAAACUCCACCUGAAUAGCCAGAGGCGGUGACUUGACUCUCCCUCCAAGGAUAUUGGAAAUACGGGAUCAAGAGGGUCCAGGGCAGCAGGUGACCUUUGUGGGCGCAGGAGAGUGGCUUUGUGUGGGCCAGGUAAAGUCAGUGUCAUCCCCAGGCCUUGUCCUGUCCUGUUCAGUCCUGCUCUCCCACCCUGCCCCCCUCCUAGCGCAGGGGCCCUGCUGCAGCUGCCGCCCUCACGUAACCAGAGCCUGCU